UCUCAGCAUGCUUUUUCCGAUCAAUGCAUUAGCCAAGUAGAACCUUCUAGGUGUAGCGAAUAGUGACGUACAUUAUUCCCAACUGUUUAUGCUCAUUACAUAUUCCCGUCGAGUCGUCGAGCUAGAAACGGUGAAUGUAAAAAUAUGCUCUACGCUCGUAUUAACUUAGCAAACAUUACCAAGCGAGUUCAAGGAUGUGAAAAUCAUGCCAUAAAGAUGGAAAUCGCUUCCAAAGGUAGCGUACAAUAUUCUCGUAACUGGAGGUAUUGCUGGCUCCAUGGAGUAAUUAUUGAAUUUCUUUGGGACAGGUCACGACUUCCAUUUCAAUCCCUUCACUUAGUACGCCCGUAAAUAUUAAAACACGCCGUGCUCGCUCAUGAUACGUUCCGGAGAGGUCAUAAAUAUUUCCUAAACUAGUUAGGCGCGACUGCUGGCUGGUGGGCUGCACAGGUUGUCCUAAUUAUAUUUACGUCCAAUAAUUCCCAGUUGUAUCGUAACCGGUUGCUUUGAUUAAUACAAACCAUCUGUUCGUGAACGUGGCAGGUGACACAUGAUGUGCUCACUACUUUUGACAGCCAGUCCCAUCGAUCUAGUUUCCGCUCUUCUACGUUUUCACCCGUGUACGUAGCUUUUACGGCGAUCAUUUGCCAAUUGAAAAAUAAAUAAUUUUUAGCAUUUGUUCUUUAUGUGCCUCGAAAUACCCCGUGUGAUGAUUCCUAAAACCCCCCUCUCGCUGCAUUCGAGCUGUCGCCGCAGGGAUUCCCAGAGAUAUUUUCUAUGUUUUUUCCCAACCUAGAUGAGAGGAUAGAGCAAACAACAAAACACACAUACGUACAAUACACUCUCAUUCAUCCAUUUCACAUACACAUCCUUCGUUAUGCAUUGAGCAAGGGUAAACAAAUACAUAGAAGUGAGACUUAGCAAUACCGUCACGAGUUGGCCCCGGUUUCGGGAGAGGACGUAUCCCAGUUCCGGAGACUGAGCGCUGCCAAAGGAUACACGUUGUGUCGUUGCACACACAUCUAAAGCCACGCGGAUCUCGCGCAAACCAUGGAGGGAUGUUUCUCCCAGGCCCACGAUGAGUUUUAGUGGAGAGCGAGAAUCGUUAGCGCGAGGACGCGAAUUUUACAAUGAGUCGUACCGCAGUGUUAGACAAUUGCGGCGAUGUGGCUAGCCUAGCUCAGUAAAAAAAUACUCGUGUAGUAUAGUAAAGUACGGAAAUCUAACCUAUUCACGUGUUCACUCAAGCAAUAUCGGAUACUGUCGCGUUAAUGUCGGUUUCGGUUUGUCACAUAAAGUGUUGGGAGCUUUCUAAUCGCUGCUAGAAAGCCCAGCAUAUCUGACCGUCCCAUUUAGAAGUAUUGCGCAUCUUCAAUGAAAUAUGAUGAGAAUGGUUAAAACCGAAGACGACAAAGACACACGACGAUAACAACAUAAAAUCUAUAUCCCACUACUUUUGAAAUCGCGUGUGUAAUUGAGAAAUCAAUAAUCAUUCACUCUUCGCCGAAGUGUAACUUGCUCCGACCGCAUUAUCUACAACAUAUUUUUCUACAGUGCCGUCCUCUGAACGUCCCUAGUAGUGUUUCAAUAUUGAGGCGGAACGGAAACGGCACAGUUCAAUACGCGAGAGCUCCCACCCGAGCAUCCACACCAACGCAUGCAAAGAAAAUUUUACGUUUCUACGAAUCCUAGGAUCAAGCGUUGGAACUAUAGCUCCAGUAAACUCGGAGUGAAAGCGCCGAAGCGCGCGCCCUUAUGUAUGUGUGUGUGUGUGUUUGUGUAUGUUCGUGCGUUAGUUUAUGUGUGUGGAAGUGUGGGAGGAUGAGAUGCAGAGCAUAGGAGAGCGAUGUAUUUCGUAGUAGUGUGUAGAAAAUUCUCUCUCGCAACAUGAACACAUGCAUCAGGUACUAUUGUACAAACCUGAACAGAACAAAAACGAACAACACUUUUACCGUUUGCAAUAGGGUGGAUUUUCACGUUUUACGUACCCUGUUUCGUGACAUUCUUUGCGGCUGUGAAUUGCCAAAUUGAGGCGAAUUGGUUCAAUUUAACCAAUUUCGAUUGUGGUGGUAUUGGUGUUAGUGAUACACUACGAAACACGACACUUUGUCGUGAGGUCAGUUGCCUGUCACUCCCAUACUGUGUGGCAAAACAAUGCAACAUAGUUGAGGAGUGAUUAAAAAAGAAACAACAAAGAAGUUACACUUAGGUGCGUGCGCUUUUUGCGCCUUCUACUCAAGAAACCGGUCCAAGCACAAGGAAGCAUAUAUGAAUAAGGUUUACACCGAAGAAAGGAAAAUCAAACGAUCGUUAUCAUCGUGUGUCAUGAAGAUGAAUAGAGCACACAGUCAGGAUCAAACCAACAUACCGCUUAUAGUAACGACGAACGAGAUCGGAGCUAAACCGAGCUCAUCGACCGCGACUAGUCUAGACUCUGCGUUUAAAACCAAAUCCUGCCGUAGCUUUGUGCGCCAAUCGAAGCUAAGCCAUGAACAUCGCAACAAAUCUGUUCCCCAAAAUCUACAGGCGCAAGAAAAAUGGUCCAGUGUUCGGCUCAGUUCGGAUUCGAAGAAAAAUCAGAUCAAAAUUGAAAACCAUAUAUCCACCCACUCCAAUUUGAACCUCAAUGGGCUCAGUGGCGAGAAAGCUAAUUUGGGAAAAGAGUCAUCGCGAGGCUAGAACUAAAGCACAGGAACAAUGAGCGUGUGUACGAUUUGGUGCAGCUGCUAGCUAGCAUGAUGAUCGAGAGCUUUGUGAAUCAAUAUUUCAAUUCUAUUUCCAUAUCAAAUCCCACGCGAACCGCCACCGGCGACCGGUUAAUGCGGACUGCGAACGAAGCCGGAAGAAGAUGGAGAAAUCCUUGACUUUGCUGUUAAUUACACUCGGAACGUUGUUUUUUGUUCUCUCUUCUCUUUCCGGGUCGCCUCAAUGGCGCGUACUUGCAGGUUCUAUCACUGGGAGCUGACGUCCUGCCGGA